UCAACCAUUUGAACCAUUUGAACGGUUUAAAUGCAUCAACGGACGAUGAACUUAAAUGCUGGUCACUUUCGUAACUUUCGUGGCUAAUUUUGUUUUCUGCGACAGGGGAAAUGGGAGAUGACUUUCCUCAGUAUCUUCUGAAUUGGUGUAUUGAACAAACCAAAACGUACCCACAUAUCAAUAUCACUGAUUUCACAUCGUCAUGGAAAGACGGUCUGGCGUUUUGUGCUCUAAUUCACAAAUAUUUCCCUGAUCUUAUAGAUUUUUCUCACUUGAAGUCCGAAGAUGCUUUAAAAAAUCUUGAGUUGGCGUUUUUCGUUGCAGAAACAAAAUUAAAUAUACCGGUGCUUACAAGACCACAAGUCAAAGUAUUAGAAGAUGUAGAUGAGAAGAUAAUAUUCGAAUACGUUUCUAAGUUGUAUGGGGCAAUAACAAGAAAGUCUUCAGGUCAAUUAGGUUCACAUAAGCUUCCAGAUAAAAACUUAUCAUAUUUGUGUGAACAGGAGGAGGGACUUCCUGUAUGUGGUCUUUGUGGAGAAACUGUAUUUUGUGUCGAGCAGUUAACUGUUUUUAGUAGGAACUACCACCGUAGUUGCUAUCGUGACAACCAACUAGCUUAUCUCAAAGAACGAAACAAAACACUAAAAGAUUUCAACUGUUCUGAUAGUCCGACGCUGACUAAAUUCUCAGAAGCGAAUUCAUUCCCAACACGAUUCAGUUCACAAAAAGAAUUAGACACUGUUAGCAAUAAAAAACGUCAAUCAACACGCAAACCUCCUUCAAGACCACCACUUCCUGAUGUUUUAAGUAAUAAUGCAUCUUCUGAAAUGAAUAGUGUUUUGAAGACAGAAGCUAAAAAAGCAGCUGACAUAGAACAUCAUAGAAAUAACUCUGAUCCAAGACAUCAGAACAUAGUUUCCUAUCCUUCUGCUUUAAAUCCGUUCGAAGAUGACUCUCCACAUGAUGUGAACCCUCAGCACGAAUGUACAUAUAAGCCUUAUAAUCCAUUUGACGACGAUUUAUCAGCCUCAGACUCGGAAGAAAUUAAUAACACUUCAGUUUCUGACCACUCAAAUAUAUCAAGUAUAUCAAACCCUCCAUCUCUGGUAUCAACGCCUAUUAAUUUUAGAAAUAGUUACACGGAACAGAAUAAUCAAACUUUUUCCGUGGAAAAAUUGGUCCCAGAUGAAUCAGUCAAUCCUCGAACUGCUCACUCUUCUAUAUAUGAUUUAUCGAGUUUACUCGCUUAUGGUAGUCUGAAUAAAGCACAGUACUCUUCAUUAAGUAGUGAUGCAAUACAGUCCUCAAAAUCUCCUAUUAAUGGAUCAAAUGCAAAGAUAACUAGGUCAGUUAAUACCAAAGGGCCUGCCCCACCUAUUCCUGUUUUAUCCCGACAUGAUAUCAGACGCGAUCGGCAAAGCAACUUCAUUCCAUACACAGAAUUACACAAACAGCUAUAUGAUAUAAACAAUGAACUUUCCAAUCUGGAACUAUCUGCUCGCGAAAUUCAAACAAGUAUUAGAGAAAUGUCUGAAAAUAAUGGAAGCGUCAAGAGACUAUUAAAGAAAUGGCUCCAUACCGUUGAAUUAAAGGAUAAUCUUUUCAAAAAGGAAUCAGAGUUACUUCAAAGGCUUCGUUGUCAAGAGCUAGAGGACCGUCAUGCUGAUUUAGAAUAUGAACUACGAACUCUAAUGGCCAAACAAGACAUUCUAAAAACUAAAGAAGAAAAAGCUCGUGAAGAAGAGCUAAUCUCUGACUUGUUGUGUGUGGUUGACAAAAGAGCUGAACUUUCAGAAUCCACUGGAGAUUUCGAACCGAAGCAUCGAGCGAGAUCAUCUAGUCGAAAAACCAUCGAAGGUAAAUUCAAACAAAUAUGCCUCAGUUUGCGACAUUCUAGUCUGUCACAAACAAAUUUAUCAUCCAUUCGGGAUAAAUCAUUGAAAAAAGUACGGAAGUUGAAAGCUUCUACCAUAUCUCGAUUGAAAAACAAGACAAUUUUUCGAUAGGAAUCGCUAAUUUCUUAAACCUAUAUAUGCGGAUAGACCCGACUUUGCAUCGAAAGGACUAUCAUCUCAUUAAUAGUAUUAACAUGUAUGAAGUUUUAUGCAUCCAGUAUACUCUGCAUUGUUUUUACAAACAGUUUUUAUCUGUUUACUUUUCUUUAUCAUCAAAUUGUUUUUCUUUAUUUAGAAAAUAGAUACUGCAAACAGCUUUUG